AUGGUGUCAACAAAUUCACAAAAUCAUGACAAUGAAAAAUCAUCAGAACGUAUUAACGUAAAAAACAUAAAUGAAUAUUUAGGAAAUUUUCUUGAAACAUCACAACCAACUUAUGAUCCAAAAAUAAUUGAAAACAAUUCUCAACCAUUUUCUAAUAAAAUUACAGACGAACCUACACAAAAAAAAUCUCAAUUCACAUCUUUUUUAGAAUUCUUUAAACCACCAAUUCAUCUUACAGAUAUUUUUAAUUCAAAUUCUAUAACAAAUAUUAUUGAAUAU